AUGGCUCGCUCACACGGCCUGAUGGCCGCUGCCGAAGCGGACCAUGUCGAGACGAUGCGCUGUCUUCUGGAGCAUGGGGCUGUCAUUGACGAGCCCACCGUCUUUCGGACUCGAUCGCCUGCAGCUUUUCAGGUCUUGAUGGACUAUGGGUUUGGCGUUAAUGAUCCGCUGAGCUGGGGGCUUGUUCCGCUGAUAUCCGUCGUGACCAAAGACGACGAGUCCCUUCUCCAAUGGUUUCUUUCCCAAGGCGCAGACCCCAACCUAGCAGGCCCUGACCCCCCCGUGCCCAACUCAGGCGGAGCCCUCGAAGCCGCAGCGCAAUGCGCCAGCACCGCCAUCGUCGACAUGCUGCUCGCCCAGGGCGCCAAGCUGGAGAACAGCCUGGUGCUGCACCGCGCGCUCAUGCGGAGCAGCAGCGAUCGGAUCGCCAUGAUGGACCAUCUGGUCCGGCGCGGAGCCGACGUCAACAAGUACGGCUAUCACCCGCUGCUCCAUCACGGCGGGACGCCGCAUAUGGCGGCCAUUUUGGGCGAGAUCGAGGAGGCGCAGUGGUUGCUGGAUCAUGGGGCCGAUCCUGCGAUCGCGGACGAGAUGGGGAUAGACCCUGCUGUUAUGGCGUUGCUGGAGGAGAAUGAGAAAUUUUGUCGGUUUCUUCGGGUUAAAACAGCCUGCACAGCUGUCUAUCCAAUCCUAUUUCCCAAGAAAAUUCCAUACAUUUAUCUAUUUGUAUAG